CAUGCUGCACACACACCCACCGUCUCCUCUGAGUGACUGACUGUCUGUGUGGAUUGUGCACAUCAAAGAAAGAAGAGGAGCUUGGUUAGGUCUCUGCUUGGACAGGACUGUAAGAUUUUGGACUGGCUAUCUGCUUGUGUGUGCGUGCUUGUAUGUGUGUGUGUGUGUGUGUAUUGGCAUGCAUGUUUCUGUGUGUGUGCCAAGAAGCAGUGUUGAUCCAUGUGCUUGAGAUAAAGCAAGACAAGUGACUUUUUUUUUUUUUUUGCGUGGGGAUUUUUGUGUGUUUGGCCUGCCACUCACACACAGAGACGUAACUUUUUCUCACUCAAGGACCCGCCGCUGAUUGUUAAGUCCAGUGACGUCUCACUCGUCAGGAUGACAUGGCGUCCUCAGUACCGCAGCUCCAAGUUCCGACACGUGUUUGGUAAGGCUGCCACCAAGGAGAGCUGCUAUGAUGGCGUGCCAAUCACACGCAGCGUCCAGGACAACAACUUCUGUUCUGUCAACCCACGUUUCCUGGCAGUCAUAACCGAGUGUGCCGGGGGAGGGGCCUUCCUGGUGCUGUCUGUCCAUCAUACAGGUAAAGUGGACCCUCACCAGCCUCGAGUAUCGGGCCACAGAGGCAACGUGUUAGACAUCAAAUGGAAUCCGUUCAACGACUACUGCAUCGCCUCCUGCUCCGAGGACACCACGGUGAAAGUGUGGGAUAUCCCUCCUCAUGGCGUGCUGAAGAACCUCACAGUACCCUGGAAGGAUCUUCAGGGUCACAGCCGCAGAGUGGGCCUCGUUGAGUGGCACCCGACUGCUAAAAACAUCCUCUUCAGUACCGCCUAUGACUAUAAGGUGAUGAUCUGGAACCUGGACUGUCCCGAGCAGGUGAUAAAGAACCCUGUGCGGACCAUCAGCCACCACACAGACGUGGUCCUCUCCAUGUCUUUCAGUACGGACGGCAGCCUCCUGGCCACCACCUGCAAGGACAGGAGGGUCAGACUCAUGGAGUCACGCUCAGGAAACCUGCUGCGGGAAGCCAACUCCAAGACGCACAAAGCCAGUAAGGUGCUGAUCCUGGGUAACAUGAAGAUGCUCCUCACGUCAGGCACUUCACGCUGGAAUGAUCGACAGAUAGCUCUGUGGGAUCAGGAUGAUCUGUCUGUGCCUUUGUUAGAAGAUAACCUGGAUGGUUCGUCAGGGGUCAUCUUUCCUUUCUACGACCCCGACACACACAUGCUCUACCUUGCUGGGAAGGGUGACGGGAAUAUCAGGUACUAUGAGAUCAGCUCAGAAAAACCGUAUAUCCACUUUUUAACAGAGUACCGCUCACACCUACCUCAGAAAGGGAUGGGUGUGAUGCCAAAGAGAGGCCUAGAUGUGAGCUCGUGUGAGGUGUUCAGGUUCUACAAACUGGUGACAAUCAAGGGUCUCAUUGAGCCUCUGUCCAUGAUCGUACCCCGCAGGUCGGAGUCGUACCAAGAAGACAUCUAUCCAAUGACAGCCGGUAACAAACCUGCUUUGAGCUCAGAGGAGUGGCUCAGCGGUAUCGACAAAGGUCCAGUGCUGAUGUCUCUGAAGCCGGGAAGUCAAGUAGCAGAGUCAUAUUCAGAGCUGAGCAAGGGGCCCGGAAACUCGCUGGACAGUCGCAGGUCGCAGAACAGGCCGGGCAUGCUGCAGCUGGCGUACAUUCAGGACCAACUAGGGACCAAAGACCGCAAGGAGGGCAACGGUCUUACAGAGGGAGACAAGAGUUGGAUGCCUGUUAGCAACGGAGAAGACCUCACACUCUGCUCUCCUCCUCGGACAGAGAACGAGCUGCUUCUGAAGUUCCACAAGCAGCAGGAGGAAAUCCGACGGCUGAGGGAGCUCCUCAACCAGAGGGACGUGCACAUCACACAGCUGGAGCUGGAGAUUAAGAACAUCAAAAACACCCAGCCAAAGAGCUCACUUUAAAACUUGCCCCUGCCAUGGAGUCACCUCCGCCUCCUCACGGGACACAAGCAUUACUGUACAAAAGUACUAACCACAUUUUCAUACCAUCACUUUCUUCUUAUAGUCCUGACUCACCUCUUUUCUUCUUGUGAGCCCCUCAUACUCACCGCAGAGGGGCAAUUUAAACCAGUAUCACCUCGACUUUGUGUUUCAUACUGUCAUCUUGUCGAUUCUACACAAGGUGCAUAUAUUCUUUAUUCAGGUACAUACUCUCAAACACUGAUUCUUACCUAUGACGUAACAUGUUUUAAAACUCUUUGCACCUGUUGACCUUUUUUUUUCUCCUGUUUCUUUUGUACGCUUCACAGCUAUGCAAGUUUAUUGUAAUUUUUAGCUUUUUUAUGCUCUUUGUAGCUGAUAAAAGGAUGUUUGUGCCCGUCUUGACUGAAUGAUGUGGCUGUCUGCUUGGUGUUUUGAAAGUCGUUGCAGGGUAGUCGCAGACAUCCUGUGUGAUUGUAAGAUAACGCAGAAUUUAUUUUCUAUGCUUGGUGAUUGUUUUUUCCAAUAUUUAAACUACUGUAAGUGGAGAUGGCUGCGGUGUUUGUAACGAUAGAUGUUUGUGUGCUUGAAUGAGAGUGUGAGCUAAACGAAUGACUCUGUCAUCCUCUCAGCUGUGUUCUGGCUUUCCAUUGAGAUUUUUAGUUUUUUAGUUUUUUUAAAAUUUUGAAAUAACUGGAAAAUUGGUGGAAAAUCAACCCUUCUCACAGCAGAAACCAAUGAUGCCAUGUAGCUGCUUUGAUCUUAACUUUUAAUUUAUUUUAAAAAGCAUUCAAAUGAAAUAUCGGCCAUUUAAAUCAAAACUUGAAAUUGUAAUUUUGGACGCAAAAUGUUUAAGAAGACUUAUUCUCACUAAUGUGGAGUCACUGUGAAUAAACUUUUUAAAGCCAUUGUAGAACCGGAGUACCGCAACACUUCCGGGUUAGUUUGUGUUUGACUUUUCUUUUGACUUUCAGUGUAUUUUCUGGUAAAGGGUUUCUUUUAUUGCUCUUUGUAAGAACCUGAAACAUGAUGCUGGGUUUUUUCUGCUCAUAUUUUAAUUUUAAAGUGUAUCAGUACUACUGUACUGUUGUGAGAGCACAGGAACAGUUGGGUAAGAUAAUGAUGAAUUUCUCUACAGCCAGAGAUUUUAUCAUACAAUUUAUACUGUGGUAACUAUCCCUUUUAACAUUUUCUACAUGUAUUACUGUCUAUAUGUAUUGUGGAUAGUCUUUCAAAUUAAUGAGCAGGGCUGCUUUGUUGAUAUAGUAUUUAAAUAAGAUUUUUGCAUCAUUGUGAUGAAAUUUAUUGAGUUGUCCUAAACAAAUUUUUCCCAUCUGUUUAUUUUAUUCUGAUACAGUUUCUCAAUAUAAAUAUAAAAGAUUUUCAAGUAAGUUGACAAUGACAUAUAUCAAUAUUGCAUUCUAAAAUUUGAUAAAAUGAUAAAGGACUUUAUCCAUAUUGCCCACUCUGAUGAAAUGAGUGACUUUGAGUGGAGAUUUUUUUUUUUUUUUUAUUCAUAUCUUAGAAACUACAGCUAUCAAGCUCAGUUUUUAAGCCAAUGUGGACAAGAAGCCGUAAACAUGCUCACAAUAGUGGAAAAGUUUUAACAUCCACAAUUAAAUGACAAUUAAGAAAACUUUAUUGCUGAUGAAGACAAUGACAAAUAGAGUAAUAAUAAGGACUGUUGCUCAACGUUUACAAGCAAGGAAAAAACAGAAAUAUACAUUUGUUUUUGUAGAAUAUGGACAGAAAUUUUCAGCAUGAUGAUUCAGUUUUUUUAGAAAGAAAAAAGGAAACCCUUUGAGAAAAUACAUAAUCUGAACGAGGCUGGUGAAAAAAAACUACCUUUUAAAAAGGCAAUGGUCUUUUUUUUCUCUCUUUAUGAUUAUUUUCAUGUGAUUUGUCAGUUUUUAAAUGCUCUGCUAAAUGAUAAUCUUUUAAGAAAUCACAAAAGGCUUGAACUGUAAAAUGUGCAUAAAUGUAUAUUGAGCAAUCUAUCCAAAUUGCAUAAAAAAAAUGUAUUUUCCCUCAGGGAACUUCUUAAUGGUGUUCAUAGUUUCUUCUAUGUUGCAGUCGGACCAGUUCCUCAUAUCUGUUGCUUUCAGGCUCCUAGCAGUUUGUUUUUACUCACUUUUUUUUUAUUUUUUUUAAACAACCUAACAAGACAAAACAUUCCCUUGUCUCUCACCUGCUUGUUGAGAGGAACAAUACCAUUCAUAGCUAUGUAUAUAUGCAUAUAUGUCACUGAACUGCUUGCAGAUAUUAGAUAACACAAUAUAUAUAGCUGUUAGUUGAUCCAAAGAUAACCAGCGUGCAAAGUUUGAACAGCCAGGCAUGCCUGUAUUUAUGUAGUGGACAGCGGCACGAGCACAGUAAUGAUAUUGUAGAUUUGGCAUACGUUUCAUGGCCACUUGUCAAAAAGGUAUCACAUGGAAAAUGCCACACCGACCCACAAACGCACAGACAAACUGGCCUCAAUACAAUUGUGAUCUGUGACCCCGUUGACCUCCAGCAGGACAAUUCUAGCACAGCUCCAACCCUGGCUGACUUUUGUCUAGGAGCAGCAGCACCAGACCAGGAUAAACUCUGCUGUUGGUGGACAAGUCUCAACACAUUCCCACCAGGCUCUGGUGUUUCUACAGUUGGUCAGUGGACUUGCCCAAGGGCUGAUGUGGCUGUUUGUUCACAUUUUUAGGUAACAGUUUUAAAACCAUUUCAAACUGUUUGAUCUGAAUCUGUGUUUGUAUUUCUCCCUCACCCAAAAUAGAUCUUGUUUGCAUUUUUAUAGUAAUUAUUUCUGCCUUUAAAAAAAAAAAGUCUCCCAAAAAUGGUUAAUUUGAGAGGAAUAAUUCAAUAGUUUGUGAAUUUGGUGCUAAAUGCUGUUCUCUACCUGCAAGAAAUACAGCAUAUCACUUGCUAAAUAACAAUAGCUGCUGCAAUUUUGAGCCCAUUUCUUCAGCACAGUUUUAUAGUGACCAGACUGUCAACAGCAAAUCUCUGUCUUGUCGUUGCUGCUCCAAUAAACUCACACCUGUGUGCCCACAUACUGCUAACAUUAGCUGACCCAUUCAUUAUAUUACAGGCUGUUUCAUUGGUGGAACUCAUGUGGCAAUUUCACAGCAAGUCAGAAAUAUUUUAAACUGAUCUGGUGUUGUUGUUCCAUCCUCUGAUAAUAUGUCUGUGGUAUGUUCCUGUUAAAGAUCCUGGGCACACACGCAGGUGUUACCAUUUAUUUUAAUUGAUGAUGUUGCAUUCAGGUCAUAUGGGAUUAAUGUCAUGGAUGGAAAAGAUUCUCAUGUUUAUUACUUACGAGUGAUGAUUAAAAAUACUGCACGAACAACAUAAAAUACAGCCAUUAAAUUUUGGUUUAAUCACCAUGAACGGCAGACGUUGGCUGAUGUGAAGCGUUCCUAUUUGUCACAUUUUGAAGAAUUUCUGAAUCAUGAAGUGCCAAAUUGGAUACAUCAGCGCCUUCAGAAGAGGUCAGACUUUCCAGGUCAUACUUACAGACUUGGAAGUUGGCGUGAACGCAAUUACAAGAUCGAAUCUUGUAAUUCUAAUAAUUCCAAAGUGACAUGAAUGCAGCAUUAGACUUCUGCUCAGGGCGAAGUUGGGUGGAGCUCUGCAUGAAUUACAUAAAACAACAUGAAUCAUAGGUGAUAUCCUCUUAUGAACAGGUACAUUAGAAUGGACAGAGAGAAGUCAAUCAAGCGCAGUCUUUACAUGCCAACACGGUCCUGAGAAUGAGUCCAUUUAGACAAAAUAGGUGAAAAUACCUGUGUGUGUGUGUGUGCAAGGCCUUUAAAACACUGGUAUAGUUAGUACACACUGUUCAUUUAUGUUGUGGAAUAACACUAUUCAGUUUUGUUAAAGGGUUAUUCCAACAAUUUUAAACAUGUGACUCAGCCUGUAAAAAAAGAAAAGGUUGUAUAAUGUUUUCUGUGGCUCUGACGGACCUUUGUCGUGUCUUCAAAAAUGACCUCGAUGACAUCAUCAGGGUUGUUUUUUUACAGACUUUGGUCUCAGUGUGGACUUGGACACUACUUUUUUUUUUUUAAUACAAAAAUCGCAUAAUAAACUGGCAGUGCAGAGGUUGAAAGACAUGGGUAUAUACAUCCCCCAUUUUAGAACAAGACCAAUAGCAGGACAUCUUGAUCUCUGCUGCAUUGAUCUCUUUCUUCUACUUUAAAGUGCAAUAUUAGAGCGAUUGAAACUGAUUCCACUUCUGCAGUGUUAGGUGAAAUUAUACACUAUUGAAGCAGCUGUUUAUCAUAAGGACAAGAAAAAUAAUGACAUCACUGCCAGCUGGUUCAACAAAUGCCCUUUGACCCUUUGUCAUUUCCUUUUGACUUUUGUGGUUAAAGUAUACACACGUCAUACAUUAGGAUGAAUAACUGGCAGUAAGCAGCAGUGGAAAGUAUUUCUCCAUAUAUUUGUUUUCAUUAUAGUGUUGUGGUACAGUGAUGAUUGUAUUACUGUACAGAAAACUGCAACAGCACAACUCUGCAAGUGAUCAUUAUUCUGCUGCUCUGUUAUGAAUGUGGCCAACACAAAGUCCUCAGAGAAAAAUCUCUACCAGCCAAAUGGGAAAAACAACACCAAUCCAUUCCAGAGACCCUGACUGUGUUAAAGCAUGCACACUCCGACAGUCUCUUUAUGUUAUACUGGAGCAAUAAUGUCGCUGCAGAGUCAACUGUAGCAUUCACUGUGGCGAUGAUGUAUGAUUUAAUAAACCAUUUCAUUUAAG